CUUAGAACAGGUUCAGGGUUAUGAGAAUGGUUUGAGAAAAUGAAAAGAGACACUCAAAAAAUGAGCACAAAGAAAACUUAGCAUAAGGCUUCACUUUGCCCUUUGUCUUGUCACUUCAAAAUCCUUAAAUCAACUUUGUUUCCUAAUCCGUCCUCCCUAUCUAUAUAUACAACUGCUUAAGGAAACUUGGAGAGACACCAAUGAGAUUAAAUGGAUGACAUCCCUGCUGUGCUUGCCCUUGAUCUCCUAGUCUGAUGAAUCAAAUGCCUGUAUAUUGUCUUCACCAUAACAUUCAGGGAGGGAAAAGUCUUCUUCUCUCUGCCUCUGCUAACUAUGAACUCAGCCACAACUGAGCCACAAAAACAGGAAGAGCUGCUAUUCUUUGGGAUAUCAGUGCCUGCAGGACCAGACUGACCCUUUUUGAUAGUUCAGGAAGACACCAUGUGUUGAUAGAUCAUUUCCUGGGGUUUUUCCUGUUAUGCUUUUUUUCUUUUUUUCUUCUGUUUCGCUGGCUUCCUGCCUUGAACUACAUUUGCUAUGGCUUUAAACAAUGUUGAAAUGCAGAGAUGUUUGCAAAACCGUCGCUCAACCAUCAACUGUCUGCCAAAAGGUGUGGUGGACAACAAAACAUUUCCAUUUUCUCAGGAGAAAACAGUCAAAGGAUGGAAAUCUCUGGAGAAUCUGGACAGUCCUGGAAUCAAAUCAGCAGACGGACAGGAAUUGCAACAGAGCAUCAAUGUUAAUGUUGGGGGUAAAGUUUUUCGUAUCCCCAAAAAGUAUGUCAUUAAAUAUCCUCAAACUCGGAUAGGCUCACUGGCUCUCUGCAGGGAUCAAGCAAAAGUCUUCACACUGUGUGAUGACUACUCUGUACACAAGAACGAAUUCUUCUUUGACCGUGACCCUGCCUUUUUCCACCAUGUCUUUCAUUUCUACAAAAGUGGAGUACUGUGGAUAGUACGGGAAAUGUGUCCCAUCAACUUCGAAGAGGAGAUUACAUACUGGGGCCUGAGCCUGAAGGACACCCAGCUCUGCUGUUGGAUGGUCUUCCAGGAGAAGGUCGAUGAGGUGAAGGAGGACCUGAAAGUGGAGAGGGAGCUGAUGGCUGAGAUCGAGGUGAAGCAGGAUGAUGAGUGUUUCGAGGGCAUGAUCUUUGGCAAUAUGCGGAAAACUCUUUGGAACAUUGUGGAGAAUCCAUACUCUUCAACUCUGGCGAAGGCUUUCAGUGUGCUCUCCAACCUUUUUGUUCUUUUCUCCAUUGUUGCAAUGACUCUUAACACUGUGGAGGAACUUCAAAAGUACAGAAUCAAUGACAAAACCCACAUGGAAUGGGUUGAGGUCAUCACCAUUGUGUUCUUCACCUUUGAAUAUUUAAUUCGCCUUGUCACCACUCCGAACAUCAAAAUGUUUCUGCAGAGUGGACUCAACUUUGUCGACAUGGUGGCAGUCAUGCCUUAUUUUGUCCAAAUUGUCUCUGAAGCGUUUUCUGAUGCCGAGGAUGUGAAUGCACAGGAAGAGCUAAGGGCCAUGGCUCAGGUCAGUAAGCUUAGCCAUGUCCUUAAAGUCAUCAAGCUGCUGCGAAUCUUUCGGAUCUUGAAGCUGGCUCGACACUCCACCGGCAUGAGAGCGUUUGGCUUCACUCUGCGGCAGUGUUAUCAGCAGGCCAGUUGCAUUUUCCUUUUCAUUGCCAUGGGGAUCUUCACUUUCUCUGCUCUUCUUCAUUCAGCCGAGAGGGAAACCAAGGAAUCUCCAGUCAGCAGUAUCCCACUUGCUUGGUGGUGGGCUGCUGUCAGCAUUUCCACUGUGGGUUAUGGGGAUGUGGUUCCUGUAACCAUCCUGGGCCGCAUCGUGGCCUUUGCCUGCAUCUCGUUUGGAAUCAUUCUUAAUGGCAUGCCAAUCUCUUUUCUGUUUAACAAAUUCUCUGAUUACUAUGCCAAGCUAAAAGCCCAGGAAUGCAACACCACCUUAGUGAAACGGCGCUUUCAGCUCAAGAGGCGCCUCAGGCGCAAACUGGACAUAUGUUUUCAUCCCUCGGAGGAAGACAAUAGUACAGAGAAUCACGGCGAAUGCCCACAUUGAGUGGAUCUUAAAAAUGUGUUAAUGGGCAGUCUUCAGUGUGAAGUGAAUGGUUUCUUUGCACAGGUGCAAUGUCACCCACUCCUUUCCAGUGACUACCAGUACACCUACACCUGCCUCAUCAGACAGAUAGUUGACAACUCUUUUCAAAUAACUUGUUAUGUUACUGUGUCUGGAAUAGGGUCCCACUCAAGUUGCACAUGACUCACAUGCACAGAGACUCUUAAUUCAACUUGAACUUGAACCUGUCAACUGUAAACGACGAGUGCCUGAACUUUCUGAUUAAAACAGACUGAUGACUUGAAUUAGAUCUCUGGUGGCACCAACGGUAAAAAAAAUUCCCCAAAAUUAAAGUCAGUAUUUAAGAACAGCUUGGCAUUGAAAUGCUGUUUUGGUUAAAUGAAGAAGUCUGGUGAUGAAGAGUACCACCUUUUGUUGUUGUCAUUACAUAUGGAUUUUUUUAAAGCACGUUUUAUGUUUUAUAAUUCAUUUGUAGUUAGCUUGCCUGCACCUGUCCUGUCAAUAUUCCUUUGUUUGAAUAUUUUGUAAUGUUUCCACGUUAAAAAUCAAAUUAAACCUGAACCCAAUGGACGUCAUCCACUGAUCCUGCUUGAGGUUUGCUCUGUAACCUUUCAUAAGUUUGAAAAGCAUUUCCUGUAAUUGUGGUAAUGUGCUUAGCUCUUGUCUGCUCAUUGGAUGUAAACAGAUAAACAGAUAAAAAGCUAACCAGCUUCAGUCUUUAUCAAACAGCUAUGAAAGUGAUAUCUUCUCAUCUAGCUCUGUGUCACAAAAGUGAAUAACUGAAACAUGAUUAUUUUUGUUA